AGUCCGGAGGCUGAGGUUUGGUCUGUGCGCACAUUCCGGGAGAAGCUCCAGAGCUGCGUCCUGCCAGAGGAGAACCUGAGAGAAGAACCUGGGAGGAGAACCUGGGAGGAGAACCCGAGAGGAGAACCCGAGAAGAGAACCUGAGAGGAGUAGCUGAGAGGAGAACCUGACAAGAGAACCCGAGAGGAGAACCUGGGAGGAGAACCCGAGAGGAGGCUCGGACCCACUUCACUUUGUUGGGAACAGAAAACACUGGAUGAGUUGAACUCUGAGGGGAAACGUGUAUUUUCUGGAGAUGUGACGUGUUGGAAAAGUUGAGGAGUUACUUCACUUUUUGGAAGCUCGUGAUUUAGAGAUGAUCCUCUUGUUGUGGAUUUAACUUUACGCACAGCAAACUUUUCUCCUUCUCUCCGUGAGUGUGACUCAAAGAUCCGCCAGAGAACUGGGUUCCUCGAGCAGGAGCGAGGAUCUGAAGCAGAUCCUGUCACUUCCAUCUAUUAUGUGUUUGUCCUCAUCUGGAACUCAUUGAUUCGACCUCAGAUGCGCUAAAGACGCGCACGGGUCUUCAUCUGUCCCUCAGUGAGAGUUCAGCCGACUGUAUCUGACACCUCGCCACGAUGAGGGCUGCUGUUCUCUGUGGACUUCUCAUGUCUUUGCUGACCUGGACAGGAGACGCCGACAGACAGACUCGUCCCAGGCACCGACGCGUGAGACUGGCACAUGCCCCGGAGGGCCCACGGAACCAGGGUCGCCUCCUCAGACCUGUGCGUCCUGGGUUUGGCUCGGCCAUCUCGGUGCACAGCCCCAAGGGGGGGGGCGAUGUUCAGGCUGAUGAGGGGGUUCCUGUUUUCACCAGGACGAGGACUGUGCAGGGCCGGAGAGCAGGGGGCCAGGGGCUGGGGCCACGGAGAGGGCUGGCCGCGCAGACAACCCCCCCCACUGCCCCAGACCUGCAGAGAGAUGAGGCCACUCCAGGGGCCAGAACCCGGGGGAGCCGGAUGCCCAGCAGCGCCGGGUCACCAAACCUUCUGGCCAGCUUUGCAGGGAAGAACCGCGUGCUGGUGAUUUCUGCCCCUCAUGAAUCAGACGGCUACUACCGCCUGAUGAUGUCUCUCCUGAAACCAGACGUGUACUGCGAGCUGGCCGAGCGACAUGUCCAGCAGAUCGUCAUUUUUCACCAGGAGGGGGAAAGGGGAGGCAAGGUGAGAAGGAUCACCACGGAGGGGAAGGUGAUGGAGGAGUCGCUGGACACUGCUCUGAUCCCCAGACUCAUGAACGUCCUCAAACUGGAGAAAGGGAAGUUUGGGAUGGUGCUGCUGAAGAAGACCCUGCAGGUGGAGGAGAGGUACCCGUACCCCGUGAGGCUGGAGGCCAUGUACGAGGUGAUCGACCAGUCGCCCAUGAGGAAGCUGGAGAAGCUGCGGCAGAAGGGCUUCGUCCAGAAGUGCAGAGGAGCUGGUGUGGAGGGUCAAGUGGAGGAGGGCACGCCCACAGCCGUAGACACACCUGUAGAAAGAAAACCAGGGAAGAAGCUCCCACGGAAACCCACACAGGGGACAACAACAACAACAACCACAACUGCUGCAACCACGACCACAACACGACCAACUACCACAACUACCACCGCAACUACAACUACAACCCGGCCCCCCACCACCACCACAACCCGAGCGACAACAACAACAACAACAACCAGAGCAACAACCACCAAAGCCACCACUACCAGAAGAACCACCACGACAAAGAGACCCACCACCACCAGCACCACCCAGAGGCCGACCAGAGCUCCCACCACAGCCCCGUGGCUCCCAGCUCCCAGAACCACCGCUGACCCUUACUACGACCCCCGCAGAGAGAAAACCACGCCGGCCGGAGACAACCGCACCGACAAGGACAACAGAGAUGCACAGGACCGCAGGAUCCUGCCUUCCACACAUAGACUCUCCAAGAUCAAACCCAGCAAGAAGAAGACCGGAGCAGAGAAGGUGUUGACCAACGAGUAUGAGGACAGGUACGUUCCCAUCAAACCAACAGAGGUCGAACCCGAGGAGACGGAGUCCUUCACCAACAUCAGCCCGACCAAGAAGGUCAAGGGCAAACACAACAAGCAGGACAAGAAGAAGAAGAAGAACGACAAGGCGGUGAAGAAAGCCGAGAGGAGAGCGAAGGCUUCGAAGGAGGGGAAGGUCGGGGGAAAGAAGAACGGGAAGAAGCUGGUGAAAUACCCCGAGACAGACGACUACCCCAAAACUACCAAGAAGCCGACGCCUCCUCCGAAAGGAUCCCUGGCCUCCUUCCUGGACUACUUCGAGAACAGGAGGCGUCUGCUGCUGGUCACGUCCCCCGGCGAGGACCACAGGAUGUAUGCUCAGCAGAGGGACGAGUACCUGGAGUCGGUGUGUGAGAUGGCCAUCAGGAAAGUGUCCAUCAUCACCAUCUUCGGCUCCCUCACCAACUCCACCAUGAAGAUCGACCACUACCAGCUGGAGAACGACAAGUCCAUGAAGGGUCUCCGUCAGGAGGACCUGGUGAACCAGGACCUGAUCACGGAGCUGAGGAAGGAGUUCAGCAUGAUGCACGAUGACUUCUACAUGGUGCUGACCGACACCGACAUGAGGGUCAAGCAAUCCUACGAGGUGCCCAUCGCCAUGAAGGCCGUGUUCAACUACAUCGACACCUUCUCCUCCCGCAUCCGAGAGAUGGAGCAGCAGAAGAGGGACGGAGUCGAGUGCAAGAAGGAGGACAAGCCCCGGUCGCUGGAGAACUUCCUCUCCAGGUUCCGAUGGAGACGUCGCCUGUUCAUCAUCUCCGCCCCCAACGACGAGGAGUGGGCCUAUCAGCAGCAGCUCUACGCCCUGAACAGCCAGGCCUGCAACCUGGGUCUGAGGCACAUCUCCAUCCUGAAGCUGGCUGGCACGGACCUGGCAGACAUGGGCGGAGUCCUGGAACUUUAUCCAAUCAAUGGCAGUGCCACGGUGGAGCGUGAGGGGUUGUCGGGGAGCCUGGUGAAGGACAUGAGAAACUACUUCCAGAUCAGCCCUGAGUACUUCUCCAUGCUGCUGGUGGGGAAGGACGGGAACGUGAAGUCCUGGUACCCCUCGCCCAUGUACUCCAUGGCCAUCAUCUACGACCUGGUGGACUCCAUGCAGCUGCGCAGACAGGAGAUGGCCAUCCAGCAGUCCCUGGGCAUGCGCUGCCCCGAGGACGAGUACGGGGGGUACGGUUACCACCAACAUGGAUAUGAACACGGGUACCAGGACGGCUAUCACCAGGGCUAUGGCUACUAACCGAUGGGUGGGCGUGAUCUGACCGAGGACGCACGAGUCAACGUGUCCUCGCAGCUGGUGCUUCUCUCUUCCUUCAGCCCCUGUGGUCCUGAAUGUCUUCCAGCACUCAGUGGAAGCUGCUGCCUUCACCUCUCCACUUCUUUCACGUGUAACAGUCGGUUCCUUCUGACGCCUUCGAUCUGAGCUGGUAAUCCAGCCGAUGGGCAGAUGAGGCUCAGGGAUCUGUUGAAUUCUUCAGUGCUUUACACCUUGUUGCUUUAAGUUUCCUUAACUCCAGGUCCAAUUCACAUCGUGGUGUUUCCAGCACAGACCUUUAUUUUGUAGAUAUCGGGCUGAAAUAAGACAUUUAUGUAUUUAUUGGACAUCUGCUGCAUCCGAGGUGCAGUUAUUGACUAUUGUACGAAACUGAAUCACGUUUUUUCUCCUUUGUAAAGAUUCUUUGCUAAACAAUGUUCUUAUUUAUACUCUAUUGUCCUAUAUGAAAAUAAACAUUUGUUUGCUA